UGAGGCGGACGCGUCCAGAGGUCCGUGUGACCGCGGAGUGGGGACCUGGUUUCGGGGCAUGAGCUGAGGGCACCACGCCGAGGCCACGAGGAGGGGGAAAGGAAAGCAGAGAGAAGACAAAAUGGUUCUCCCCUGGGAUUCUAUUUCUGUCUUUCACCUUCCUCCCAUGAGAUGAGGGAAUUGAGGCCACCAGUGGUUAAAUAACUUGACCAGGGCUACACAGCUACCAAAUGUUGGAACUUGAAUAACUAAGGAGAAAAUUAGUCUCUUCUUCCUGGUCUGUCUCAAAAGAUAUUUCAUAGACAUUGAUGGAAGCAGAAACCAAAACUCUUCCCCUGGAGAAUGCAUCCAUCCUUUCAGAGGGCUCUCUGCAGGAAGGACACCGAUUAUGGAUUGGCAACCUGGACCCCAAAAUUACUGAAUACCACCUCCUCAAACUCCUCCAGAAGUUUGGCAAGGUAAAGCAGUUUGACUUCCUCUUCCACAAGUCAGGCGCUUUGGAGGGACAGCCUCGAGGCUACUGUUUUGUUAACUUUGAAACUAAGCAGGAAGCAGAACAAGCCAUCCAGUGUCUCAAUGGCAAGCUGGCCCUGUCCAAGAAGCUGGUGGUGCGAUGGGCACAUGCUCAAGUAAAGAGAUACGAUCAUAACAAGAAUGAUAAGAUUCUUCCAAUCAGUCUCGAGCCAUCCUCAAGCACUGAGCCUACUCAAUCUAACCUAAGUGUCACUGCAAAGAUAAAAGCCAUUGAAGCAAAACUGAAAAUGAUGGCAGAAAAUCCUGAUGCAGAGUAUCCAGCAGCACCUGUUUAUUCCUACUUUAAACCACCGGAUAAAAAAAGGACUACUCCAUAUUCUAGAACAGCGUGGAAAUCUCGAAGAUGAUGGUGGCGAAUUCUGUAGCAGCAAAAGCAAAUUGGUUUCCACACCUAAAAUCGUCUGCCUUUGUACUUUGUAGAUGUGAAUGGUACUAUUCAACAGAGCACAAUCACAUGUUAGCGUUUGGUAACAAUGUUUUUGGAUGUUCUUAUGGAUGUUUCUUCCCUGAACUAUGUAUGGAAUUGAGCAUCAUCCAGAAUAAAUAGGAUUGUAUCCCAAAUUGUGAUUUGAACCCUGGGAUGCUCUAAUUGGCUGGUUUGUUUGGGUUUGUAACUCCAGAAACAUUCUAUAGUGUCCCAGAGCAAACGGCAAAUACAUAAAAUGUUAUUAUUUAAAUCAGGAAACUAAAUAUAUUAACGUCUACUAAAAAGCAUUUUUCUAUGCUCAUGUGUCUUUACAACAUAAAGAAAAAAUAAGAGACAGGGAGGGAAGUGAGAGACAGAUUUUUAAAUCAUGUUCAGAACUGUUGUUCCAGAAUUUGCUAUGGAAAUCCCUCCAACUCAACUGAAAAAGAGAAAGUUCUUGGCAAAAGGGAGCUGAUUCUUUGAACGAAUGUUGUAGUAAUCUGUUUAAGAAUUAUGCUCAUUGUUUCAAAAUCCCAAUUAGGAAAACAUGGUGUAUAUCUUAAAAGUGUUUGCGUUGACAAAACUAGAAUCAAAUUUAACAUUUUAUACCACAACAGACAUUCUAUUUGGAAAUUGAACUUGUAUUCUAUAGCAAUCAUUUUUUUUCAAAUCUAAAUAACAAUGCCUUCUAUAAUACCAAAUGUUGCUAUUAUGGGACUUUUAAAAUUGCAUUUAUUGCAUGGGAUUGUUUUUAUAGCAUGAAAAUGUUCUGUUUGGAAUUGUAUCAUGGUCAGUCUAAAUAGAAGCAAAAUUUUUUUGAAAACCUAAACAUUGCUAUAUUGGUCACUAUCAAACAUACAAUUUUCUAAUAAUUGUGUAGGGGUCUAAGUGGAAGAGAUUGCAUUAUCUCGUGCAGGACAAGAAGGGGACAUGCAGCGGGCACCGAAAGUCAAUGGAGCAGACACUGCUGUGGCACCAAGACUGUAGUGACUUGUGUGAUAGGUAGUUUUAAAAGACUACAUGACUUCAAAAUGAUUCUUCACUUGGAGAACAUACUUGCCUCUGGAUACUUUUGUCACUGUAAGCAUUCUAAAUAUAACAAUAGAGAAAGAUAAGUCAACCAACAGAUUUGGGGAGAUAUUUCUUCACAUUUUGGUCAUUUUGGUGCCAAGUUUGACGUACUGUUUAAUUGGGCAGCACAUUUGCUUCUUUACCAGGUAUGUAUCACUUAGUUACUCCAGGUGCCCUUGGUGAUUACAUACUGUGUAUCACUAUCGUUGUUAGCAAAAGGAAGCUUUCAUUAUAGGAACUUAACAUCUUUCCAUGAGGGUAAAUGAAUUUAAAACAUUUGAAUCAAAACUUCAGUAGAGGGAGGUUUUAGAAUUCAUAAAACUGGUUCGAUGAAGUGCUUAUUACUUUUCCCAAGGUUACUCUUUUUAAAUAUCUCUAGAUAUCAAAUACUUUAUUAGCUGUGUCUGUCUAUGAUACAAGUAACUCUUCUCCUAUUUGGGGGAUAGGUAGGAGCAUUAUCUCCCAUUUUUCUGGUGACUUCUUGGAGUAUAGAAUUCACCAUUUCAUCCAUAAGUCUUCAAAGGGUUAUGGUGGAGUAGGACUUACAUAAUGCAAAAUAGUCUUCUAUUUUUAAUAGGAACUUAGAAAAAACUUAGAAUUAUAUAUAGAGUUGUUUCCUUUAGAAACCAGAGCUAUUUAUGUGUAUUUAAAGCAAUGUUUAUUAUUUGUACUGACUCUUAUCCCUCUGUGUGAAUAAAUGUAAAACAGUGUAUAUGUG